AUGGGGGUUCAUCCCACAUUGAGCAAGCCCGGUACCAGCAGCGCUGCGCAGGAUUCUAGUGCGGUCGAAGUAGCUGCUGCAGCUGACAGCGACGGGGGCGUCGGGAUCGGUGUCGGGUCCGCUACCACCAAGGCAUCUCCCAGCAUUCCAGGCCCCCUGCGACAGUCCAUAUCCACCUCCUCUCCCACAAACUCCGACGCCCCAGCGUCUCUUCCCUCCCACUCUCGCCCGCCGCUGCACAAUGCAGAUUGCGACGACGCCAAUGCGGAGCCCGUCGCUCUCACCUUAAAGCCCUCAGACGCUCUCUCCCAGGCUCAAUUGCGUGGCCACCGUAAGAACGCACCCUCGGUGGAAUCUGUCCCUCGCCAGACCAUCAUGAAAGCGCUCGCCUCGGUCGCACGCAGCAACAAACCCGAAGCGCUCUCUCUGAACGGCAUGUUAUCGGCACACAGCAUGGCUGACAAGCGCCCUACCUCGUCGCAGCAGCUCUCCGACGCUCUAUCGGAGCUCGCUGCCCGCAACCUGACCCCAACCACCGCCUUCCCUUCACUGCAAUCGCCCUGCUUCUACCACAACCGCUUCGACGACGCCGUCGACAUCGAGAAGGUGCUCGAGGAAAUCAAGAGCGACGAGUGGAUGUCGCACUCGAGGCUCGUGCAGACCGCCACCGGCGUGCGCGAGGUGUCGAAGCAGCUGCAGCGCCGGCCCAUCCGCCGCGCCGUGCGUAGCGUCAUGAUUGUCACUAAGGCCCGCGACAAUGAGCUCGUCUACCUGACUCGGGAAUUGACCAUGUGGCUGCUCCGCACCCCUCGCUACGGCUCGGACAUUGGAGUCACCGUCUACGUCGACGCGAAGCUGCGCAACUCGAAGCGCUUCGGUGCUUCCAGCAUCGUCGACGAGGAUCCUCGCUUCGAGUCCAUGCUCCGCUACUGGUCUCCCGACCUCUGCUGGAGCCACCCCGAGAGGUUUGAUCUAGUCUUGACCCUCGGCGGGGACGGGACCGUGCUGUUUACGUCCUGGCUCUUCCAGAGGAUUGUCCCGCCCGUCCUGUCUUUCAGCUUGGGCAGUCUGGGUUUCCUAACGAGCUUCGAGUUCGAGAAGUACAAGCAGCAUCUCAACAGGAUCAUGGGCGACGAGGGCAUGCGUGUCAAUCUUCGCAUGCGAUUCACGUGCACCGUCUACCGUGACGGCGCCAAAGGCCAAGAUAUGGAAGAGGGCGAACAGUUCGAGGUCCUCAACGAGCUCGUGAUCGACCGCGGCCCGUCUCCCUACGUGUCUAACCUGGAGCUCUACGGCGAUAACGAGCUGUUGACAGUUGUCCAGGCGGACGGUUGCAUCUUCUCCACUCCCACCGGAUCGACGGCUUACUCGCUUUCCGCGGGCGGGUCCUUAGUCAGCCCCGACCUGCCUGCUAUUCUUCUUACCCCAAUCUGCCCGCACACCUUGUCCUUCCGGCCGAUGGUGCUUAGCGAUACGAUGCUUCUUCGUGUUUCCAUCCCGCGCAACUCGCGUGCUACGGCCUACUGCGCCUUCGACGGAAAGGGCCGAGUAGAACUGAAGCAAGGUGACUGCGUAACCAUCACGGCGUCCCAGUACCCAUUCCCUACUGUCAUGCGCACCGGAACCGAAUGGUUCGACAGCGUGUCGCGCACACUCCAGUGGAACACGCGAGCCGCGACCCAAAAGGGCUUUGACAGCAAGUCGUCGGCCCAGGGUGGCUCCAGCGAGGAAGACGAACCAGAAUGGGACAUCGACACGGACUCGGCAUACUACGCGAGCGAAGACGGCAGCAAUAGCGCGAGUCCUUUACGAAGACAGAUGAGCCUCUUGGGCAUGUAG